AUGUCCCUUUCCUCCUUUUUCCGCAGUCCAGUCUUGGUUUUCACCACGUCCAUCAUCUUCCGCGCCGUCUUUCUCAUGUAUGGUCUCUGGCAGGAUGCGAAUUCUCCCAUGAAGUAUACAGAUAUCGAUUACUACGUCUUCACUGAUGCGGCCCGCUACAUAUCCCGUAGCCAGCCGCCUUAUGCACGAGAUACGUAUCGCUAUACGCCUCUUUUAGCAUGGCUCAUCUACCCUACGGUAUGGACUGGAAAGUUUUGGUUUUCUUCCGGAAAGGUCCUCUUCGCCAUUGGAGACGUGGCUACGGGAUGGAUGAUGUUUCGCAUCUUGAAAGAGCACAAGAAAAUGACUGAUGAGCGGGCCCUGAAAUUUGCGAGCAUUUGGCUGCUGAACCCAAUGGUGGCUACCAUCAGCACCAGGGGUAGCUCUGAAGGACUUCUGGGUGUGUUUGUCACAGCACUGUUGUGGGCGGUGUUGGCCAAGCAGAUACCGCUUGCUGGUUUCUUGCUAGGAUUCGCAGUCCAUUUCAAGAUUUACCCGAUCAUCUACGCCGUUUCGAUUGUCUUGUUCCUGGACGAAACUCAAUUCAAUACUGCCGGAGAGGCCAAUUCGCAGUCUCAGUCACUCAUUGGCCAGAUCAAAGCCUUCCUCAACCCAUCCAGGUUGAUGCUGGCCUUUUACAGUCUCCUCACAUUUGCCAGCUUGAAUCUCCUCAUGUACAGCAUUUACGGCUGGCCAUUCCUCGAGCAUAGCUACCUAUAUCACUUGAUCCGCAGCGACCACCGCCACAACUUCUCGCCCUACAGCACGAUUCUGUAUCUCAGCUCUUCACCAAAGCCCAGUGGCCUACACUCGGCCCCGCCAUCUUUCGGACUGGAGCGACUCGCCUUCCUGCCGCAGCUACUACUCAGCGCCGUGUUUAUCCCGCUAGCACUAUCCAAAAAGGACCUCCCAGACACGAUGCUCGCCCAGACCUUCGCCUUUGUCACUUUCAACAAAGUCUGCACAAGCCAGUACUUCCUCUGGUACAUGAUGUUUCUCCCCUACUACCUCCCACAAUCCACCCUGCUCCAAUCCCCCUCGAUUGGUGUUUUCGCCCUGCUAUCCUGGAUCGCAGGCCAAGCCGCCUGGCUUUUCCAAGGCUUUCAACUCGAAUUCAACGGCAACUCGACUUUUGUCCCGGCUCUCUGGAUCGCCACAAUUUUGUUCUUCAUCAUUAACGUGGGUAUUCUGAGUGUCAUUAUCAACGACACUAAGCAGAAGCCGGUUCAAGCGGUUGUAUCACAGAAGAAGAAGUUGUAG